UCGUUUUCCUGAAAAGCCAUUGAAAAUAAACCUUACCAGCUAAUUGGGGAUUGCGAAAAUGUUUCUUCCAGAAGGUUUUCUGCAACUUUCCACUGUGACGCUGCUCCUGGCUGCGGUGAUAGUGAUUUCUGUGGUUUAUAUCUUCAUGGGGUCGACACCCGAGUCUGCCAAGACACCUCCGGGACCCCCAGCCCUGCCGCUCCUAGGAAACCUGCUCUCGCUGGAUCUGAAGAGGCUGGAUCUGUCUCUUGUGGAGUUGUCUAAGACGUAUGGCAGUGUCUUCACUGUGCACCUCGGCCCCAUGAGAGUAGUGGUCCUGGCUGGUUACAAGACAGUGAAAGAGGCGCUUGUUGACUACCCUGAGGAGUUUGGGAGCAGGCUCAUCACACCGAUAUUUCACGAUAUCAAUCAAGGACACGGUAUCAUUUUUGCAAACGGGAACUCGUGGAAGGAGAUGAGGAGGUUUGCUCUGUCUAAUCUGCGGGACUUUGGAAUGGGAAGGAAAGGGAGUGAGGAAAAGAUCAUCGAGGAAAUCCAGUACCUCACUGAAGUGUUUGAAGCACAUGGAGGAAAACCAUUUGACACCACAGAACCUGUAAACUGUGCUGUUUCCAACAUUAUAUCCUCCAUAGUGUAUGGAGACAGGUUUGAUUAUGCUGACCCAGUCUUCCAGGCUAUGGUGAAAAGGGCUAAUCACAUGAUCAAGCUCAGUGGAUCUCCUGCUAUCCAGCUCUACAACAUCUUCCCUUUCCUUGGGUUUUUAUUGAAAGCCAGGAAGAAGAUUCUGAUGGAAGUUGCAGAAAACAUUGCUGACAUGAAAAACAUUGUGAAGCAGCUGCAGCAGACCUUACAGGAGCACGAUAAGAGGGGGUUUGUGGAUGCGUUCUUGAUCAAGCAGCAGGAGCUUUCAGGCCAGAGAGACUCCCAUUUCCAUGACGAUAAUCUGAUACAUGCAUCUGGAAACAUGUUUGGUGCUGGGACUGAAACAACAGGCACCACACUCCGCUGGGGGCUGCUGCUGAUGGCUAAAUAUCCCCACAUCCAAAAAAAGGUUCAGGAGGAAAUUGAGAAGGUUGUCGGCACAAAGCAGCCGAGGGCUGAACAUCGGAGAAGCAUGCCCUACACCGAUGCUGUGAUACAUGAAAUCCAGCGCCUGGCAAAUGUCGUUCCACUGAACCUUCCUCACAUGACAGCGGCAGAUGUUCACUUCCAGGGCUACUUCAUCAAAAAGGGGACCCCUGUCUUUCCUUUGCUGACCUCAGUGCUCCAGGAUGAGACCCAGUGGGAAACGCCUCAUCAGUUCAACCCUGCUCACUUCCUGGACCCUGAGGGCCAGUUUGUGAAGAAGGACGCCUUCAUGGCUUUUUCUGCAGGACGCAGGGCUUGUCUCGGAGAGAGCCUGGCCAAUGAGCUGUUCCUGAUCUUCACCUCGCUGUUGCAGAAGUUCACCUUCUCUCCCCCUCCAGGAGUGCAGGAGUCUGAACUGGACCUCACUCCUGUUUUGGGCCUCACUAUGAACCCAUCGCUUCACCAGCUGUGUGCUCUUAGACGGGCGUAGGGCACCAGCUGUGUGCUCUGAGAUGAGGGGAGUGUAUUGGCGAACUACACUGAUGGGCACUUGCUUCAAGUUCGGGGCCUGUUGGUUUAAUUGCCCUUUGCCUCUCCCUACUGCUUUUUGCCGUGAAUAUCAGGAGGAUGAACAGUCUGUUAAAGUACACUGUGCAGCUUAAAUCAGUCCAAUUAGUUACGCAUGAAAUGUCUUUUCACUUGAAGAUAUUGGGUAAUAAUUUUGCUAAACUUUAGUUCCUGUUUGUGUUCUUUAUAUCAAACGUUUUGCCUAAAACGAGUUCUCUCCAAAAUGUUUUGAGUUAUUAAAAGAAAAUCUGGAUAACUUUAUUUCUUAAGCUCUGCGAACAAUUAAAA